UUCUCAAUACCCUUUUUUUUUCAUAUAUAAAUAAUUAAAUAAUUACGAACCAUUCCAUCUCUCUCUUCUUACCAAGUCUAUACAUACAUAUUUCCUCUUAUAUUUUCUUUAGCCACAAAAAGUCAGCGCCGUCCUUUGUGCUUCCUUUCCUCUCUCUGUCAUUAAAACCCAGUUGCUAAACCGGUAACCAGAGCAGAACCCAGAAAAAAAUGCAGCGUCUUGAACAGUCAAUUAGCUUCCUUUAUAACUUACCUUCGAGGUGAUAAAAAUGGAGGACGAUUGGGAUCUAUCCGCCAUUGUUAGAAGUUGCAGAGGUAAAGCUUCUGUUGAUAAAGCCACUGAAUCUGAUGAUAACUCUUUGGCUUGUUUGGCUUCCUUAACUUUUGAAGAAGAAGAAGAUCCAUUUUCUUUUCCCAGUCUUGUAAAGUAUUGCUUCGAAAAAAGCGAGUUUGAUAGUAGAAGUAUGAGUCCUUGCUGCGAGUUGCAGAACUCGUGCAGACCCUUUCUCCAAAUUCCAGAAUUUCAUCCUUCCGCCAUUGAUGAUCCACUGGUCGGUUCUUCUGCUCCUGCAGAAUUUGAUUCUCACCGUCAACAACAGCAACAUCAGUUUGAGCCACAGGAUCAGCAGCGAAGAAAAAGACAAGUAAUACAUGGAAAAAGGUCCAUGUUCCAUACGACGCCGUUAUCUUCCGUUUCGACGUCGUGUAGUCCAAGCAGAGACCGUCGACAAAACGCACCGUUACUGUCACCGUCACAGCUUCAGCAAUUUCAGCUGCAUGAUCCAGAACUUCCGCAUCAGCAACAGCAACAAGCUCAUCUCCACAAGCCUAGAUGUAGAAAGAGGAAGAACCAGCAGAAGAGAACAGUUUGCCAUGUUACCGCUGAGAAUCUUUCAGCUGAUGUAUGGGCAUGGCGGAAAUACGGGCAAAAGCCGAUUAAAGGUUCUCCAUACCCGAGGAACUACUACAGGUGUAGCAGCUCCAAAGGGUGUUCGGCCCGAAAACAGGUUGAACGGAGCAAUUUGGAUCCGAAUAUCUUCAUCGUCACCUACUCCGGAGACCAUACCCAUCCAAAACCCACUCACCGAAAUUCCCUCGCCGGAAGUACCCGGAAUAAACCAUUGUCGGAAGCUCUGAAAUCAAUCAGCUCUGCUGACCCAGAACAGAGCAAACCCAACCCCUCCUGCUCUUCUCCUCUUUCCACUAACAGUUUCUCUCCAGCGACCAUGAAUGGAGAAGAGGGAAACAUGGAAAGGAACCCUCAUGAGGGAUUGGACUCCAAGGAGCAGAAAGAAGACGACAUCUUGAUCCCCAACCUGAGAUUAAACGAUCACGACAACAUCUUCUCCAGGCUUCAAACGGUGCGGUUCGAUGGUAGUUCCGGUGGCAGCUGCGACGACGGAGUAGGGCGGAGCCCAGUUUCAGAUGACAACUUCAAGCUUUGAAGCGCCGGCGGAAGCUUCGCCGGAGAGUUUCUACGCUGAAAUGAGAGGGAUCAUGAUUUUUUUUUUUCAAUUUCUUUUUUAUGAACCAAUAUGAACACCGAGACAUGGGACUAGAGGAGGAUAAUCAGAUCCCUCCCCUUUCUGUUAGUAUCUGUAAAUUUCUUCUUCUUUUUUGUGAAAAAAAGAAAAAAUCACAAAAACCAAAACUUUCUCGGUGCCCAAACAGCAUUUUACUGCUGUUGAUUCUUGUUAGCUUCUCUUUUUUUUUAUAAUUUCAGCUCCCACCAUUUCAGCUGAACUCUGAAACCUCAAAAUUGAAGCUGUCUUCUUUUCCUAUACCUCCCAUUCCAAUUGGGAAUUAAUUUUUCAUCUCAAAU